AUGGACAAUGAGACUAGUUCGGAAGAAACACUAUCGAUGGAGACGAACAACGAUAUGGAGGAUACAUGCUCAAGUAGGUCUCAGACGAGCGAGUCGGACGACCUUAUCCGCUCUUCUCAUUCGAGUGGAGAUGAAGCCGCAACGCAGGAGGUGAACAUCAUCUACAUGAUGUGGAUGGCAUCACAAUUGUCUGGAGGUCGAGUUCGAAUGCCUGAACACAAUAUUGGCCUACGGGGUGACCAAUAUAUUCAAGCAGUCUUGAAUGGGAAUCCUACUACUUGCAGAACAAUGUUUCGAAUGGAAGUGCCUGCCUUUCGUUAUGUUUGUGACAUCUUACGCGGGGCAUUAAUUAUGGACCCCACAGAAAGAGUGUCUGUUGAGGAAUCGUUAGGCAUGUUUUGCCUUCUUGUUGGCCAUGCACAUGGUCAGCGCAUCAUUGGAGACAGGUUCCAACAUUCAAGCGAAACAAUACAUCGCCAUGUGAAGACGGUGAUGCGCGCGCUACAUCACCUUGGGCGGACUGUGAUUAGGCGCACAGACACUGAUGGGGUCCACCCGUACAUUUCUGGGAACCCCCACAAUUAUGCAUGGUUUGAGAAAUGUCUUGGUGCGAUGGAAGGCACUAUGAUUGACGCUGCUGCACCAUCUAGGCUGAGUAAUGCAUAUAGAAAUCAUCGUGGUCGGAUAGCACAAAAUGUGUUGUGCUUAUGCGACUUCAAUAUGAAGUUCACGUAUGUAUAUACUGGAUGGGAGGGAACAGCGCAUGAUGCACGAGUAUUCCUAGAUGCCUUGAGUAGACGUCGGAAUCAAUUUCCAUGGCCACCACAAGGAUAUUAUUACCUUGUCGAUUCCGCAUUUCCAUGCAUUGAGAAGUUUAUGCCUCCAUAUCCACGAGAGAGGUAUCAUCGAUCUGAUCGUUAUAGCGGUCGUCAAUUCCGAGGCUAUAAAGAUUAUUUCAACUUUCGUCAUUCAUCAUUGCGCAACAUUAUUGAACGUACAUUCGCAUUAUUGAAAAAUCGGUUUCAAAUAUUGAGUGCGAUGCCUCGAUAUCGCGCAUCGAGGCAAGGGAUGCUUGUUACCGCAUGUUGUACACUGCACAACCUUAUUAAAACAGUGACGCCGAAUGAUGAGUUUAUUCAGGCUGCAUUGGAACUUCAGUUUAGUGAAGCAAAUAUGGCUAGCAACGACGACGCGGGUGAGACGUCUGAGGUGGUUGACAUGUCACAUGAGUCAGCUGGAACUAUGGCAUCACUGAGAGAUGAGAUUGCGAUUCCUAUGUGGCAAAAUAGGUUUGGGUAA